AUUCGGUAGUUUCUUGUUCAAAAAUACAGUAUCUUCGUUGAAGAAGCAGUCUGUAAAAUUAUUUGAACAAUUAUUUAGUUAGUGGCACAAAAAAUGUUAUGUACUUAAAUUUUAAAUAUAUUAAGAUAUUGAAAAUAAUUGAGGGAAAUACAUCCUCGUAUUCUCCAGAAACGCAAGUCAGCAACGAACAAAUAGAGAAUAAAUCAAGUCUAAAAUGGCAACUUAUGAAUUAACAGUAUCAGCUCCAAAUAUAGAAGAUCGUAGUUUUACCAAGCCGCUCUUGUGUGGAUCAGGGCCCUGUGAUUUGUGGCCAUCUGUAUCUGAAGCUCUUGCCAAACCCGUUAUCACACCCUUGUGCGAUGAAUAUUACAAUGUUAUCGACGAUAUCCGUGCUGGUCUUCAGUACCUAUUCCAGACACGCAAUAAGCUGGUGUACGCGGUUGGCGGAUCCGGCCAUAGUGGAAUGGAAACCAUCAUCUCUAACCUUUUGGGACCAAACGAAGUUCUUCUCAUAGCUAGUAGGGGCAUUUGGGACCAAAGGGCACACAUAGUAGCCACCAGAUACGGAAUAAAAACUAUUAUCAUCAGCGCACCAUUCAAUGCGACUUUUAGCCACGACACACUGGAAGCAGCAUUGAAUAAACAUAAACCAACUGCUUUAUUUAUAACUCAUGGGGAUUCAUCUACAGGCACCGUUCAAAACCUCAAAGGAUUGGGGGAAAUUUGUCAUAGGCACGGAGCAUUCCUGCUAGUAGAUACAGUAGUCUCGAUUGCUGGUGAGCCGUUCUUCAUGGAUGACUGGGGUAUAGACGCAGUAUAUACAUCCACUCAAAAAGCUAUGAGUGGACCAGCCGGCAUAAGUCCCGUUGCUUUUAGCCAGUUCGCUGUAGACAAAAUUAAUAACAGAAAACAUGAACCGCCGUUCUAUUUUGACGCGAAAUUGUUGGCCCAGCAGUGGAACUGUUACGGCAACACAAGACAGUAUCAUUACACACUGAGCCCUCCACUUCUCUGGGCGCUCCGUCAAUGUCUUCGAGAAAUCGCCAAGGAAACCCUACCCAAGUCAUGGGCACGCCACGCCGCCACCACAGCUCAUUUCCACAGACGGAUCCAGCAAACGUCAUUCCAGUUUCUUGUACCCAAACCUGAAGAUCGCUUAGCCACUGUUACCACAAUAGUGCUGCCAAAUGAUUACGACUACGUGAAAUUCUACAAAUAUAUUAGAGAUAAAUACAACAUACUAAUUUUCGCCGGUUUGGGUCCAACUGUGGGUAAAGCACUACGCAUAGGUCUGCUGGGUGUUAACUCUACCAUCGAAGUGGCUGAUGCCAUAGCCGAUGCGAUGAUUGGCGCUUUGAAGGUCAAAUCGCUGCUUUAAGCAAUUACUUUAAUUCAUUAUUUAUCUGUGUGUGUUCAUUACUUAUCAAUAUUUUAGGGCCACUUUAUCCCCAAAAAUUUGGAGCGAAUUAAUUUUAUGAUGACUAUGUGUAUUAUUAUGAUAUAUAAAUAGAUUUUAUGGUUAA